AUGUCGGGCAACUAUCGCGUUGAAAUCAGCCCAACCGCCCGCGCAGGUUGCACGGCCACCCACUGCAAGAAUGAAGGCAUCAAGAUCACCAAAGGAGAAAUUCGCCAGGGCGUCACGGUGACCAUCAAGGAGUAUACAUCAAUCAAGUGGCGUCAUUGGGGAUGUGUGACUCCGAGCGUGCUUCACAACUGGUACGAGACGGCAGAGGGCGAUUUCGACCUGAUCGAUGGCUAUGAUGAGCUUCCGGAGGAUGCCCAGCAGAGGGUCAAGCGCGCAUUCGAGCAAGGUCACGUUGACGAUGAGGACUGGAACGGAGAUCCUGAAAUGAACCGAUACAAUCCCGACAAGAAGAUGCAAGGCAUGUUCAAGAAGCCUGAGACCGCUGCCGAGCGCAAGAAGAGGGAGAAAGCUGAGGCCGCUGCCAAUGGCGAGGAACCAGCAAAGAAGAAGAAGACCACGAAGAAGCGCAAGGCGGCCGACGAGGACGAGGAUGACGAGGACGAGCCUGAGGCACCCCCACCCAAGAAGUCUCGUGCCAAAAAGGUCAAGGCUGAGGACGCAAACGACGAGGACGAAGCACCACCCCCGAAGAAGUCCAGGGCCAAGAAGGCGAAAGCCGAGCAGACCGACGAGGCAGAUGAGGGAGUGACCACCGUGAAGAAGAAGGGCGGCAGGAAGCCAAAGGUUGAGGCCAGUGACGAUAUCGAUCCUGAAGACGAACCAGCACCAAAGCCCAAGCCUGCAACGAAGCGCAAGGCGAAGGCCAAGAAAGCAGCCAUCGAGGACGAAGAUGAGGAGUAG